GCGGUGCAGGUGGAGGAGACGGGACACGGGGUCCCGGGACAACUCAAGCAGACGCCGGGGAAGACGCCGACGGCCUGAGCGCUUUGUCUCCUCCUCUCGGGUCCCACCGCCGCCGCGGGAAGCCGCCUAGCGCCCACCGAGACCGAGGCCCGGGCUCUGCCACGGCCCGGCCGGCCGGGCCAAUGCUCGACCUGGAGGUGGUGCCCGAGCGAUCGCUGGGCAACGAGCAAUGGGAGCUCACGCUGGGAAUGCCACUGGCUCAGGCCGUAGCAAUUCUUCAGAAAUACUGUCGUAUCAUCAAAAACGUCCAGGUUCUUUACAGUGAACAGGCACCUCUUAGUCAUGACCUCAUCCUUAACUUGACUCAGGACGGAAUCAAACUACUGUUUGAUGCUUUUAAUCAGCGGCUAAAGGUAAUUGAAGUUUAUGACUUGACUAAAGUGAAGUUAAAAUAUUGUGGUGUCCAUUUUAACUCUCAGGCGAUAGCUCCAACUAUUGAACAGAUUGAUCAGUCCUUUGGAGCAACCCAUCCAGGAGUGUACAACUCAGCUGAGCAACUUUUCCACCUCAACUUUAGAGGAUUAUCUUUCUCUUUUCAAUUAGACUCAUGGACUGAAGCGCCAAAAUAUGAGCCUAAUUUUGCCCAUGGCCUGGCUUCUCUUCAGAUUCCCCACGGAGCAACUGUGAAACGCAUGUAUAUCUAUAAUGGAAAUAGCUUGCAGGAUACCAGGGCCCCAGGCAUGCCCCUCAGCUGCUUCCUGGGAAAUGUCUAUGCAGAAAGUGUGGAUGUUUUAAGAGAUGGAACUGGACCCUCAGGUUUAAGACUCCGCCUACUUGCUGCAGGUUGUGGCCCGGGAGUUUUAGCAGAUGCCAAGAUGCGAGUAUUUGAACGUUCAGUGUACUUUGGAGAUUCGUGCCAAGAUGUUCUCAGUACUCUGGGCUCUCCACACAAGGUUUUUUACAAGUCAGAAGACAAGAUGAAGAUUCAUUCUCCUUCUCCUCAUAAGCAAGUUCCAUCAAAGUGUAAUGAUUACUUCUUCAACUAUUUCACACUUGGAGUGGAUAUUCUCUUUGAUGCAAAUACACACAAAGUGAAAAAAUUUGUCCUCCACACCAAUUACCCUGGGCAUUAUAACUUCAACAUCUAUCACCGCUGCGAGUUCAAGAUCCCCCUGACCAUUAAGAGAGAAAGUGCUGAUUGUCAGACUGAGACCUGCACAACCUAUAGCAAGUGGGAUAGUAUCCAGGAUCUCCUUGGACAUCCUGUAGAGAAGCCUGUGGUGCUUCACAGGUCAUCUUCACCAAAUAACACAAACCCAUUUGGGUCAACAUUUUGUUUUGGACUACAGAGAAUGAUCUUUGAGGUCAUGCAGAACAACCACAUAGCAUCAGUGACCCUGUAUGGCCCACCCAAGCCCAGCACACACAUGAGGACAGCAGAGCUCCCGUAAAGGACAGCCCUUCUUCUCCUCAGCCCUCCCCAGGCCUCUUGGGGAUGCCACCUGACCAUACAGCGUGCCUUGAUUUGCUGCCACUUGGAGAAGAGGGAGCACUAAGUGGCUUUUUCUUUCUUUUUACCCUCCUGGUGGCAGCGCAGAGUGGUAGCCCUUGACUCUUCCCAGCAAUAUGGAAGCUGUGGUGAAAGGACUGGACUUAGGGGUGCGAGGGCUCAGACCGUCCCAUUAUCUUUUCCUCCCAGCCUGGUCAGCCCUGCUCCCAGGGGCCGACUGUCUUCUUCCCUGGCAAGAUGGGUCAGGUUGGGGCGGGCAGGGUGGCACAACAGCUGAGGGCACAAAGUGACUGCAGAGAUUUAGAAGCACAAACUCUGAACCUUGAAGCAUCUGGACACAGGUAUCAAUUAGUCCGUGUGUUUGUGUUGCCAUGUUGAUGUAGUAGUCACAUUUAAGAAAGCAAAGUUAUAUCUACUUCUAUAUAAACCUAUAUCUACAUAGAGCACAUCCACCAGUUGUUGUGGGGCCCACAGGACAAGCAUAUGUGUCCUGGCUUCUGGCACCGGGUGAAUCUCUGUGUAACUUUCAAACUACAAGCAAGUCGCAUGUGCGUAUUACUUGGUUGUGACAUUUGCACUACAUCCACUUUAAUGACUUGAUAACUAACUUCGUUAACUCCGAAGAGGCUCUUCUGUGGUCUGGACUGGCUGGCAACCAGGCUCGGAUUCCACUUAGAUGCGCUUUAAAGUUUAGAUAGAAACCUAUUCUGAAGAGCAAGUGGUCCCUUCUGUUUCUGGUUCUCCCUUCCCCAUGGAAACCAUCCUCGUUGGAACGGUGCAUCUUUUCCAUUGUUCCUUUUAUCUUUCAGUCUAAGCCGACCUUGUCCAAGGUCAGAGCCUCCUCGAUGGUUCUGGGACAACUUUGGCCCCAGAACUCAAGCCCUUACCACUGACGGGAAAGGGAGAGAAUGAGGAGUUGCCCUCUCCUGGGCAUGUUUUCAUCCUUCCAUCCCUUCUGCAUCUUUUAUUUAAUGCCAAAGUUUUCGCCAAAGACAUCUUCUCCCUCUGUUACAUUUCAGCAUUCUGUACAGUUUAUUCCCCUAACCCCUUUCUGAAGAGGUUCCUCACCCGAAGAUCUCGACAUACUCUUCUAGCUGGACCAGGAGGCUGGACCGGGGAUUUGGAAUACCCCUAUACAGGUCUCUUUGGGGAAAGUAGAGUCUCUGAAAAUAAUUAACCCUUUUUAGGAGAGAAAAAACAAAUUGACAAGAAAUGUAUAAUUUUAUCCCAUUUUUAAUAUUUUGAUGUAGCAACUUGUGAUACAUAGACAACAAUUUUGUGAGGUUUUUCAAAUGUGUGUACAGAUUUUUGUAAAUAAGACAUUUUUGUAACUUUAACUCAUGUACAGUAUAAUCCUGAAUAGUUUACUGAUGAAUGAGAAAGGAGCCUGGUACCUAUUGUUUUUGGAUCCAGGACCAGGAGGAGCAAGGAGAACAGUGCUGUGCGUGUGUUGUGUGUAUGCGUGUAUGUGUAUGGGAUCCCUGUUACCAAACUGUCUUCCCAUGGGCUGUGGCAUUUUAGACUGUCCGACCGAAACCACAGUUGGGAAUCCACCUGCCAAGGGCUAAGGAAAGAAAGGACUGUUAGGAGCUGCCCUUCUCCAAGUUGGCCCCCUUGCCUGCUUCCCCACCUGUCCUCGGCCUGCCCUGUUACCCCUCCUUGCCUUCUAGUCGCCUUUGUACAUUCCCCAGAGGUGCAUGUGUCCUGAAAGGCUAAUAAAUUGGCACUCAGCUCUUGGGCACUGGUUGGAGCCCGGCA